UGAGGUAGACAAAGGGAAAAUUCUUGACUCUUCUAAAACGUCUGCAAAGUCGCCCUCCACACUCUCUGUGCGUCCUCUCUCUCUCUCUCUCUCCCUCUCCAUAAACGCACAGUGGGGUUAGCGAAAAAAGAGGUGAUUUCAAAACGGAAAAGAGGAUAAUGAUAACAACAAGCCACACCCAGUAGAAAAGAAGAAGGGAAUUAGAUGGACUCAGCGGCGCUUGAUGAUAUAAUAAACCGAUUGCUUGAGGUUAAAGGGAGGCCCGGGAAGCAGGUGCAGCUGUCGGAGUCGGAGAUCAGACGGCUCUGCUUGCAGUCUAAAGAAAUUUUUAUGCAUCAGCCUAAUCUUCUUGACCUUGAAGCGCCCAUUAAGAUUUGUGGGGAUAUUCAUGGCCAGUACUCUGAUCUUCUUAGACUUUUCGAAUAUGGUGGAUUGCCCCCAAAAUCGAAUUACUUAUUCUUGGGUGAUUAUGUAGAUCGAGGGAAGCAAAGCCUGGAAACAAUCUGCCUUCUACUUGCCUAUAAGAUAAAGUAUCCUGAAAACUUCUUCUUACUAAGGGGAAACCACGAAUGUGCCUCAGUCAAUCGUAUAUAUGGAUUCUACGAUGAAUGCAAAAGACGGUUCAAUGUAAGAUUAUGGAAAGUUUUCACCGACUGUUUCAACUGUCUACCUGUUGCGGCUUUAAUAGAUGAGAAGAUAUUGUGCAUGCACGGAGGGCUCUCUCCGGAUCUGCACGAUUUAAACCAAAUUAGAAAUUUACAGCGCCCAACUGAUGUUCCCGAAACUGGUUUACUGUGCGAUUUGCUAUGGUCCGACCCGAGCAAAGAUGUCAAAGGAUGGGGAAUGAACGAUAGGGGAGUAUCAUAUACGUUUGGUCAAGAUAAGGUGACGGAAUUUCUUCAAAAACACGAUCUUGACCUCAUUUGCCGUGCCCACCAGGUGGUCGAAGAUGGAUAUGAGUUUUUUGCUGAUAGACAACUCGUGACGAUAUUCUCAGCCCCAAACUACUGCGGAGAAUUCGACAAUGCUGGUGCCAUGAUGAGCGUGGACGAAACCUUGAUGUGCUCGUUUCAAAUCUUGAAGCCCGCAGAAAAGAAGCCCAAGUUUGGAUUUGGAACUACUACUACUACCACUAAGCCAGGAACACCUCAAAUCAAGACCAAGUCAUUUCUUGGUGGCAAGAUAGGAUGAGAAGAUGAAAACUGCUGUUCACGACCACCCUCAGUCGAUCGAUGUUUUGAGGGAAGUCAGCACAGAAGAAGUAUGUUCAAGAGAUUUUCUUCCUAGGAGAAACUGGCAAUGUUGUAAUAUGUUGUAUCUAGUUAAUCUGUUACUUUUCAUCAAAUCGAUUGGGGAGUUUGGCUCACAA